GUGUGUGUGUGUGUGUGUUCUGCUGUUGCUGCCCUUUGAUCCCUGCAUUAGUGUUAGUUAGGGGCUCGGAGACACACACUUACAGAGAGCAGCCAUAGUCAAGACACGGCAACAACAACAGCACCUCCUCCUCUACUCUUCCCUAUUCCCAACAAUACACUUAACCGAGGACAGCCAGGUGCACGACAAGUCCCUGCCAUCAGGCUCCCUCGCAAAAUUUCAAUGGGAGAAGACCUUUUUUCUUCUUAUCCCUAAACAAGAAGGAGAAUGUGAUAAAAGGGGGAAAAUGCCAAGGAGGAAACAGGAGCAACCCAAGCGCCUGCCUUCACAUGUGGACACAGUAGAGGAUGGAGGACCAGAGUGUGGCUCAAUCGAAGAAGACGCCUGGUUUGGGAAUACCUCCGACAGUCCCUCUGAAUCAUCCUAUGGUGAUGUGCAGGAUGAGCUGCGGGUUUCCCCAGACAAUGUCCCCCGACCGGACCACGACACCUCGGCAGAGAGCUCCAUGGGCUGCCCCACGCCAGUUCAGCGUGCCUCCCUGGAGCUGCUGGGCCUGGACAGUGGGGUCCUCUCGACCCAAGACACGCUGUCCUCAGUGGUGUCCUCUCUUUACGGAGACUCCAGCCAGGGUCUGGGCAAGCCCCUCAGCAGCAACCUGCGGCGUCUUCUGGAGGCCGGCUCGCUGAAGCUUGAAGGAGGGGAGCUGAUUGGACGUGGAACAGGCAGAGGACUGGAGUCGCCCCCUAUUAGCUUGGUACUAUCUCCUUCUUCACAUCACGCACAGCAGCUGAGUGCGCUUGCUAGGAGACUGGCUAACAGCAGCAACAACAGUGGCAACUCAAACUCUGCAUCGCCUGCGUCUGUAGCGACUAUCAAGCAGGAGCCGUGUGACCCAUUCGGCACCAGCAAUGGCCCCAGCUCAGGAAACAGUGGCUUUGUUUGGGUAGGGGUGGCAGAUAAAUGGCCGUCUGCACCCAGCGGCAGCAGUCUAUCACCAGAUUCGGCCAUCCAGAAGUUGAAGGCAGCAGCGAAUGCCGUGCUCCAGGACAAGAGCGCAGUGGCCUCCUCCACCUCGGCUUCUUCGUCCUCCUCUUCCUCAUCCUCCUCUUCAUCAGUCACCUCUUCCUCCUCAAUGGCCGGACUUGGCACCCGCUCAGAUGACGCGGUGCGCUUUGAAGCGUUCGCUUCGCCCUUCAGUUCCCAGUCGGCAAGCUCCACACUGGCUGCCCUCUCAAAGAAAGUGUCUGAAAGGAGUCAGCAGCAGGUGGGCACAUCUGAGCAUCAGUCCUCAGCUGGUUCCUUUCUCUCCCUUGUUUCCAUGACCUCCUCAGCGGCUCUGCUAAAGGAGGUGGCGGCACGAGCAGCAGGGAACCUUCUGGCUGAUAAGAAAGAGCCGGCUUUAGUAUUGGGAGCCACUGAGGAUGUCAAGCCCCUGUUAGACAGGAACCAGAAGGUGCCCACCCCAACUCAGACCAUGGACCUUCUGCUGCCAACAAUCCCCAAGGGAAGGGCCAAGCCCGGCAGUCAAGCAGGUUCUCCUGAGGAUGGAGGUAAACCCUUUCAGUGCCCUGUAUGUGGUCUGGUCAUCAAGAGAAAGAGCUACUGGAAGAGGCACAUGGUUAUCCAUACAGGCUUGAAAAGCCACCAAUGUCCCCUCUGUCCCUUUCGAUGUGCUCGUAAAGACAAUCUCAAGUCCCACAUGAAGGUCCAUCAGCACCAGGACCGAGGGGAGACCUUUCAGUGUGAACUCUGCCCCUUCACAUCCUCUCGACACUUUAGCCUCAAGCUGCACAUGCGUUGCCAUCAGCACUUCCCUCGUCCUGACCUCAAAGUCAAAGAAGAACCUGGCACUGACACAGAAGAUAGUGAGGGCUUGUUCAUGGGGGACUGUGAAGCUGGUGGGGAUCAGAUCAUGAACACAGAUGCUUCCACGUCUCCCUCUGUAACCCACCCUGAUGGACGUUUGCUGGCCUCCCCUGGAGAACCCUCAAAUCAUGUUCAGAUUAAGGAGGAACCCCAGGAGAGGGAUGUGUCUGUGAUGUCUCCCUUUGCCUUGUGCAGGGAGCGGCCCAGCAGCAGUAGUUCUCUGGAUCUAUCUGGGCUCAAAUCCAGCCCAACAGGCCCUGGACCUACAGCUGCCUCGCUCUUCAGCCCAGACAUCACUACCAAGACGGCUACAGACCUUCUAAUGAAGCUCUCAGCAGCCAACCAGAAGGAGGCCCUGAAGAGUUCGUUCUGUAUUAAAGAGGAACCCCAGGCGGAAGAGCCUCUGAGGGCACCCAGCUACAGCUUCUGCCAGGAAGGGGCCACUAAGCCACAAGAGGAAGGGAGCCCCAUGUUAGGCAAGAACAGCAUACUCAGCCAGGACAUCAACGUCAAAGUGGCCUCUGAACUGCUUAUAAAGCUCUCAGAGAACAACAAAGACACUUGCCUUCAGAAAGUUCUGGUGAAGGCGGAGCCUAUGGAAGUGGAUCCACCUCUUGAAUUGGCUCCACCCUCAUCUCAUCUACUGGGCUUUAGCACUUCAGGGGCUUGUGAGAAAAAGGAACCAAUGGUCAACCUCCCAGAUCCUUUGCCCCGCCCCCAAAAUGACCUCUUCUCCCAGGACAUAUCGGUCAAAACGGCCUCCGAGCUUCUUUUUAAACUGUCGGAGAAAGUAAGUAAAGCGAACGAAAACAAAGACAACGCAUCCUUCGGUAUACACAGCCCUUUCCUAGAUGACCGCUUUCGACAAUCACCUUUCACCGCACGCUCCAAGAGCUCUUCCCCAGCUGAAGCUGGCUCUUCAAGCAGGGUUGCCCAGCAAGCUUUGAGACUGCUGGACUGGGCAGCUGGCACUCCCUGCCUCCCUCUACUGGCCCCUCUGGCAAAGGAUCCAGAGAAGGUGAGUGGAGAUCCAGGAAAUGGACUUUCCCAGUGGAGACUCAACGAACAACUCUUUCCCUGCCCUAUAUGUGGCAAAGUGUUUGGCCGCCAACAGACUCUCUCCAGACACCUCUCCCUACACACAGAAGAAAGGAAAUACAAGUGUCACUUGUGUCCGUACGCGGCUAAGUGCCGUGCCAACCUCAACCAGCACCUCACAAUCCACUCGGUCAAACUGGUGAACACAGAUGCCGAACACAUCGUUACUGCUGUUACCCACGAAGGACCAGAGCUGAAAAACUGCCCUUACUACUACAGCUGCCAUGUGUGUGGCUUUCAGACGGAGUUUAACGCUCAGUUUGUCAGUCACAUGUCUCUCCAUGUGGACAAAGAGCAGUGGAUGUUCUCGCUCUGCUGUAGCACCUGUGAGUAUGUGGGUGUGGACGAAGCCGAGAUGAAAGCUCACAUCAGUGCAGGACACGCAGGUCUCAACUCCAGAAGUCCUCUCAGCGAGACCAAGAGCACUUCCUCGUCUUUGUCAGCUCUUAGUGAUUCCCUCAACAGUUCUGAAGGUGGGGAUGUUGCCCAAGGUAACGAAGAACUGAAAAGCCUUUUGGCUCCGCCUUUUUCUGCAGGCAGCCAAUCAAGCUCAGGCCCAGGAACAGAGGACAAGGCAGAAAAAGGUUUUGAAUGUGUGUUCUGCAACUUUGUGUGUAAGACUCGGGCCAUGUACGAGCGGCACCUACAGAUUCACCUCAUCACACGCAUGUUUGAGUGCGACGUCUGCCACAAGUUCAUGAAGACACCCGAGCAGCUCCUGGAGCACAAGAAGUGCCACACCGUCCCCGCUGGAGGGCUCAAGUGCCCUCUCUGCAUCUACUCCACCAACAGGCCAGCCGCAAUGGAGGGCCACCUGAAGACGCACUACAAGAUGGAGUACCGCUGCCGCAUCUGCCAAGCCGUGUGGGCCAAUCAGGCAGAGCUGGAAAGGCACACGCGUGCUCAUCGCCUGGGCAACCACUACAAGUGCGAGCAGUGCGGAUAUCUCUCCAAAACAGCCAACAAGCUCAUCGAGCAUGUGCGCGUGCACACCGGCGAGCGGCCUUUCCACUGCGACCGCUGCAGCUACAGCUGCAAACGCAAGGACAAUCUCAACCUCCACAAACGGCUCAAACACGCGCCGAGACAGACCUUCGGCUGCGCCCAGUGCCCGUUCACCACCACCCACCCGUUUGUCUACAGCCGCCACGUUAAAAAGCACCAGGGCGGAGAGGGAAGUGCCGAGGAAGGCGAGGCCCAGCCAGGUACGCCGUGCCCGGGCCUUUUGGAGAGAGGUGGGAGCAGCUGCGAGAGCGGGGAGAGCGGGACCACAAGCCCGCUAAUGAGCCUUUCUGCCUCUCAAGCCUUGCAGUCUGUCGCCCUCUCGAUCACCAGCAAGCAGCAAGACGGCAUGCCACGCCAACGCUACCUCUCGGCCAACGGCACAUACUCCACACUGGCGGCUCGCUACUUUGAGCAGUACAGGAACUGUGACCUGGCUCACCUCAUCCCCCUUACGACGCUCUUCACGGCCCGACGAUUCACAUUCCACAGCCCAUCCCCCUCAAACUCCUCGCCACCCUUCUCCAGAUUCCAGUCCAGCUCGUCUUCACAGUCCCCGCCUUCUCCCACGUCACUCAAACACUCCUUCCUGUCAUACCUGGGACUGACAGAGAGAGCUAAGACCAUCUGACCAUCCAUAAGUUUAGCAGUAACCCUUCCUUUCCCUGGGAAUAUCAUUAAUCACCAAUGCCACUAACUGUUCCAUUGGCAGACUAAAACGCUGCCCUGCAGAAUAGACAUCCAUUUAUCCAAGGAAAAGCUAUACUGUACAUCCUUCGGCCAUUUCUAUCAGACCGAGUUUUGUUUUCAGUUCUAUCAAUACAAAUAUUGCCCUUUUUAAAAGGUCUUAUAAUGAUUUUUUGUUUUCUUCUGCAAAUUGUGAAUGACCCAGAAUCAAAAUAAUAGUGCUUUAUCUAUUGAACUUUUAUAUUCGUUUUGAUGGGAGAAAGCAAACCACGAACAUAUAAGCUUGCAAGCGAUAAGCAUUUUUUGUGCAUUUUGUCUUUUUGCCAUGAAUCAGACAGCAUGUUUGCUAUAUGUUGCCAUUCUUUUUAUAAGUCAUUUUACGGGCUCAUUAUGAAAUAUGUUGGGGUACAUGGCACGAGAAAAUGAACGAAACGAACCGCUGUCUUUAGAGUCUCGUUUCCAAAGCUAAGUCUCAGACCACGCACUUGUUAAUUUAUCGAACUGUACAUAGUUUUGUAUUCUUUAUUUUCUCUCCUCCUCCACGCCUGUUGGCAUUGACUGGUUUUGCUGAAUGGUGAGACCAUCUGCAAAAACAUCGAUCUUGCCUCAACAUCACGCAUACGGCCCUUUAUGAAACCUACGGGGCACAGGUGAUGGCAUUUCUCAAUACAAGCCAUUUGGGGCAUGCUAAUGGCAAAAGCAAUCAUUACCACUUUAGUGGUCUUCAGCCCAUUAUGCAGCCUUGAUCCCUUCGCUGUCCUCAUCGUAUUAUUGGAUGCUACAGAUUGUGCCAUAGCUGCCCGAGGUGGGCUGGCCGUCUCCCGUAGGCAUGCGAUAAGAUGUGUGUACCAGUCAAGCGCCCUGUGCAUAGCUAUCGUAUGUAAAACGCACCUGUACGUUUAACAAGAUGUAUGAGGUGACAGAAUAAGUGGGUUUUCCCCAAAACCUGUCACAAAGGCCGAUUCAAUGGUGCUUUUUGGAGCUUUUUGUAAUAUUGUGUGUAAAAAACUGUUCCAAAAUGACUUGAAUGAAUGUACUUUCUGUAGGUUAAUGUUAAAGUGAUACAGAGGUAGCUGGGCUGUGGUAAGAAAGAACAUGGAGAAACAAUGGUAUCUCGGUGGCCUUCUGUGUCUUAAAUUUUUUUUCUUCUAGUAUUUUUUUUAUUGUUUUUAUUUUGAAAGAGCCUUUGAAAUGUAAAUUACAAAUAUAUAUAUAUAAAAUAUAUACCCUGUACUAACAAGCUAUUAUGAGAACCCUAUUGGCUCUCAAGUGCAAUGUGGAGGCAGCCAUUGUUAAAGAAGGACUUAUGAAGCAUGGCUUUUCAUAAGCGGGCAAACAUGGUACCAUAAAUCUUUGUUCCCCUUUUCAUUUUUGAGUUUUAAUUGCACUUAAUAUUUUGAAUUUAUUAAACAAAAGCACUUAGACCCAAUAGAAAAUGUUCUUGA